GAGCAGGUGAAUAUGUCCCAGAUAAGGUGGGACCCAGGAGACAGCGGACCUGAUAACGGUGGAGGGGAAAACGCUGGCUUCUGCGGUGCUGGGAUGGGAUUGACAGUCUGAAAUGGGGAAGGGGCCCCAGGGCUGAGGGCCAGGGCUGGAAAAUGAAGGGGCUCUGGGAGAGGAAGCUUCUUGCCAGUCCCAAGAAAGAAGGGGUGGUCAGGGCGCUGCAGGGGUGAGGGCCGAGAUGAGGGUGGAUUUGGGGAGCCUCGGAAUGACAGACCCGGGUCCCGAGGGUGGGGCCGGUGUGGGAACCUCACAGAAGCCGGGGUCCCUGGGGAAGGGGCCCGGAUCGGGGCAGCUCCAAUGGGCGAAAGAGCUGUCCCCUGACCCAGUUUAAUUCAAGUCCUUGACUUUGAGAUUAAUGAGGAGAAAGGCUUGGCUGAGCUGGGGACGGGUGGGGGUGCUGGGAGUCCCCAUGUGGCCCCAGGACGGGUCCUGGCCCUGCCAAUGGGGCCUGAGCCCCUGGGCUCCGUCCUGGGUUGCUCCUGGGAAAAGGGGGCUGGGAUUGGAGAGCUCAGGGGGCGUGGAGGGGGUCCCAGAAAAGCGCGGAGGGGAUGAGUGCUGUGUUCUGAGCUAUUUGGGUCAUGGCUGGCACAGCCCUGAGCAGCUCUUCCCCGCCUGCUCCUCGCCGCCCCCUCUCCCCACACACGGGGACCGCCGUCCCCUCGCCCACAGCCUCGCGGUUACACAACGGCCACCUCCAACGCCGCCGCUCCACCGGCUCCGGCCUUGGCCCAGACUCACGCCGGCUCUGGCCCGGAGACCUCCCGAAGCCGCAUGCGGGGAUCCGCAGCCCCAGUCACCGCCAGAGGCCUUGUUGCUGGUGGCGGCCUUGGCGGGCCUGGGCUUGGGCCUGAGCCUCAUUUUCAUCGCUGUCUACCUCAUCCGCUUCUGCUGCUGCCGGCCCCCUGAGCCCCCAGGGUCCAAGAUCCCCUCGCCCGGGGGAGGCUGCGUCACCUGGAGCUGCAUUGUCGCCCUUCUCGCCGGCUGCAUUGGCAUUGGCAUCGGUUUCUAUGGCAACAGUGAGACCAGUGAUGGGGUGUCCCAGCUCAGCUCCGCGCUGCUGCACGCCAACCACACACUCAGCACCAUUGACCACCUGGUGAUGGAGACGGUGGAGAGGCUGGGCGAGGCAGUGAGGACAGAGCUGACCACCCUGGAGGAGGUGCUCGAGCCACGCACGGAGCUGGUGGCUGCCGCCCGAGGGGCUCGGCGGCAGGCCGAGGCUGUGGCCCAGCAGCUGCAGGGGCUGGCCUUCUGGCAGGGAGUGCCCCUGAGCCCCCUGCAGGUGGCUGAAGAUGUGUCCUUCGUGGAGGAGUACAGGUGGCUGGCCUAUGUCCUCCUGCUGCUCCUGGAGCUGCUGGUCUGCCUCUUCACCCUCCUGGGCCUGGCGAAGCAGAGCAAGUGGCUGGUGAUCGUGAUGACAGUCAUGAGUCUCCUGGUUCUCGUCCUGAGCUGGGGCUCCAUGGGCCUGGAGGCAGCCACGGCCGUGGGCCUCAGUGACUUCUGCUCCAGUCCAGACCCUUAUGUUCUGAACCUGACCCAGGAGGAGACAGGGCUCAGCUCAGACAUCCUGAGCUAUUAUUUCCUCUGCAACCAGGCCGUCUCCAACCCCUUCCAACAGAGGCUGACUCUGUCCCAGCGAGCUCUGGCCAACAUCCACUCCCAGCUGCUGGGCCUGGAGCGAGAAGCUGUGCCUCAGUUCCCUUCAGCGCAGAAGCCUCUGCUGUCCUUGGAAGAGACUCUGAAUGUGACAGAAGGAAACUUCCACCAGUUGGUGGCACUGCUACACUGCCGCGGCCUGCACAAGGACUAUGGCGCAGCCCUGCGGGGCCUGUGCGAAGACGCCCUGGAAGGCCUGCUCUUCCUGCUGCUCUUCUCCCUGCUGUCCGCAGGAGCACUGGCCACUGCCCUCUGUAGCCUGCCCCGAGCCUGGGCCCUCUUCCCACCCAGUGACGACUACGAUGACACAGACGAUGACGACCCUUUCAACCCUCAGGAAUCCAAGCGCUUUGUGCAGUGGCAGUCGUCUAUCUGAGCCCCUCCUCCCGGCCGGACUGGAGCCUGGCUCCCCUUUUCGUUCCUUCCCUGGCUGCCGGAGGAGACCCCACUAACCCAGCCUGCCUGGGCUCUGACCACUAACACUCUUGGCCACGGACAGCCUGCACAGGACCACCUCCCUGCCCUUGGCCACUGUGCCCCCAUUUCUGUCCUUGGCCUUGGGAGUAGCUGAGGGGGCAGACUAGGGAGUAGGGCUGGCAGGGGAGGGGGGCAGACAGCCUCGCACCCUUCAUCCCUGGCUGCCGGUCCCAUCCUUGGAGGGACUAAGCUGGGGGCGGGGGACGUGAGUCCCCCUGCUGCCCCUGCCACGUCCCAGUGGGUUCUGACCCCCCGAUCUCAACUUGUGGCACUAACUUGGAAAAGGGUUGAUUUAAAAUAAAAGGGAAGACUAUUUUACAAGCA